UGACGCGAAGGCCCGGACGGAAGUGCGGGCGGACGAGCCGAGCCGGAUCCAGAGCUGGGAGCAGGCCUGUGGGUGCGCGGGCCGGCGGGCUCCCGCGAUGGCGUCCCCAUGCCCAGGCCUCCUGCGGCUCGGCUCCGUGCUCAGCUUGUCCUGCCUGGUGCUCCCCGCGCUGGUGCAGCUGACGGCGGCCGCCAAGAAUUUUGAGGAUGUCCGAUGUAAAUGUAUCUGUCCUCCUUAUAAGGAAAAUCCUGGGCAUAUUUAUAAUAAGAACAUAUCCCAAAAAGAUUGCGAUUGUCUUCAUGUUGUGGAUCCCAUGCCAGUGCUUGGACCUGACGUAGAAGCGUACUGUCUCCGCUGUGAGUGCAAAUAUGAGGAAAGAAGCUCUGUCACAAUCAAGGUUACCAUUAUAAUUUACCUCUCUAUUUUGGGUCUCCUACUGCUGUACAUGGUAUAUCUUACCCUAGUUGAGCCCAUACUGAAGCGGCGCCUCUUUGGACACUCACAAUUGAUACAGAGUGACGAUGAUGUGGGGGAUCACCAGCCUUUUGCAAAUGCUCAUGAUGUCCUGGCUCGCUCCCGCAGUCGACCUAACGUUCUGAACAAGGUAGAGUAUGCCCAGCAGCGCUGGAAGCUUCAAGUUCAGGAGCAGCGAAAAUCUGUCUUUGACCGACAUGUUGUCCUCAGCUAAUAGGAGUCAAAUUCCACAAGGAAACAAGGCAGAGGACUGGAAGGAACUGACU